CUUCCUUCAUUUCCUUUGGACUUGCAAAGAAGCCAAAAUGGAUGAGGUUGCAAGCCUACUUCUCUCUCCAUUUUUCCAAGUAUUUUUUGAACGAAUGGCAUCAGGGGAGUUCCUUGACAUCUUUCGGGGACGAAAAGUCAUCGAGGGACUCUUACAUAAGUUGAAGAUAUCAUUGCUGUCCAUGAGUGCACUCUGUGAAGACGCGGAGGAAAUACAACUUACAAAUCCUGCUGUGAAAGAGUGGCUCAAUGAGUUGAAAGAUGUUGUCUAUGAUGCAGAGGACAUCUUCGAUGAGAUAGCUACUGAACUCUUGCAACGUAAGUUGGAUGCUGAAUUUCAAACCACUGCAAGUAAGGUACGAAACUCCAUUUGUACUUCUCUUAGUCCUUUUGUUAAGGAGGUAGAGCCAAAGAUAAAAGAAGUACUAGACAAACUAGAAUAUUUAGCAAGACAAAAAGAUGCUCUAGGUUUGAAAGAAGGUGUUGGAAGAGAAUCAUCAAAAAGAUUGCCCACGACUUCUUUGGUUGAAGAAUCUGAUAUUUUUGGUAGGAAUGAUGAUACGGAAAAAAUAAUAAACUUAUUGCUCUUAGAUGAUGCAUGUGGCAAUGAAAAUCUGUAUGUGAUUUCCAUAGUCGGCAUGGGGGGAAUUGGCAAGACCACCCUUGCUCAGCUAGUAUACAAGGAUAAGAGGGUGAAGGAGCAUUUUAACCUUCAAGCAUGGGUUUGUGUUUCAGAUGAGUUUGACGUGUUUAAGGUAACGAAAACAAUUCUAGAGGAAGUGGGCUCGUCUACUAAUGAUGAUAUUAAGAAUCUAAAUCGGCUUCAACUUACAUUACAGGAGGAAUUGAUGGGGAAGAAAUUCCUACUUGUUUUAGAUGAUGUAUGGAACGAGAAUUAUGCUAAUUGGAAGGUCUUAAGUGGUCCAUUUAAAUCUGGGGCACAAGGAAGUACGGUCAUUGUAACAACACGCAAUGACAAUGUUGCAUCAGUAAUGCGCACUGUUUCAACUCAUUAUCUCGACAUGUUAUCAGAAGAAGAUUGUUGGUCACUAGUAAAACAUUCAUUCCUCGAUGGCAAAUUUGAUGCACGUUCAGAGCUAGAAGUAAUAGGUAGACAAAUUGUGAAAAAGUGUGAAGGUUUACCUUUAGCAGUCAAAGCAAUUGGGAGUAUCUUGCGAACUAAAUUAGAUGUUGAUGAGUGGGAGAAGAUAUUGAAGAGUGAAUUAUGGGAUUCGCCAAUAGACUACACAAACAUUCUUCCUAGUUUAAGAUUAAGCUACAAAUACCUUCCCUCACAUUUAAAGCCAUGCUUUGCUUAUUGUUCAAUAUUCCCAAAGGGUUAUGCAUUUGAAAAAGAUCACUUAAUCUUAUUAUGGAUGGCCGAAGGUUUAUUGCCAGAACCUAGAAACAGAACAAUGAAAGAAGUUGGUGAAGAUUAUUUUUGUAUUCUUGUAUCAAGAUCAUUAUUCCAACAAUCAUGCGGUAAUAAAUUAGGUUUUGUAAUGCAUGAUCUUGUCAAUAAUUUGGCAAACUUUGUAUCUGGGCAAUUUAACUUUAGGCAGGAGGGUAACAAGACGCGUCACUUGUCAUACUUUAGAACAAGAUUUGAUAACUUCAAGAAGUUUGAGGCUCUUUACAAGGUUAAGCGGCUGCGCACCUUCCUGCCAUUAGAAUUUUCCAUAAGAGACAACAAUUUAACUAAAAAAGUACCUCAUGAUUUAUUGCCAAAGCAAAGAUAUUUACGGGUACUCUCUUUGUCUCACUAUGAGAAUGUGACUAACUUGCCUGAUUCAAUUGAUAAAAUCAAACAGUUACGUUAUUUGGACCUUUCUUUCACUGCAAUUAGAAGCUUGCCUAAUUCCCUGUGUAAGUUGAUCAAUUUGCAAACACUCAAGUUAUCAUGUUGUGACAAACUUGUUGGAUUGCCAAGGGAUAUGCGAAAACUCAUUAAUCUACGACAUCUUGAUAUCACUGGAACUAGAUUAAUAAUGGAGAUGCCGAUACAAAUGGGUAGACUAAAAUAUCUCCAAACAUUGACUACAUUUAUAGUCAGCAAAACUAGUGGGUCCUGCAUAGGAGAGUUGGGAAAUCUUACAAAUCUUCGAGGAAAGCUUGCUAUUUUGAAUCUUCAAAAUGUUGUCUCUUCUACAGAUGCGUUGGAUGCAUGCUUGAAGGAGAAGAAACACAUUAAGGAUUUGGUGUUGAAAUGGAAAGCUGAUACUGAUACUGAUGUUUUAGAAAGUCAAAGAACUAUACUUGACUGUCUCCAGCCUCAUUCAAAUCUAGAAAGUCUUACAAUCAAAUAUUAUAGCAGCAAAAGCUUUUCAGAUUGGGUAGGGCAUCAUUCAUUCUCUAAUAUAGCAUCUCUUUAUCUAUACGAUUGUAAAUAUUGCUGCAGCUUGCCACCACUUGGGCAGCUACCCUCUCUGAAAGACCUUUCUUUUAUUCAAUUUGAUGAAGUUGUUAAAGUGGAUCGUGAGUUUUAUGGCGAUGGUUCUUUUUCAAUUAAGCCAUUUGGAGCCUUAAAAGUUCUAAGAUUUAAGCAAAUGUCGAAGUGGGAGGAAUGGUUAAGUGAAAGUGGAGAUUUUCCUCUUCUUCAAGAGCUUUAUAUAUGUGACUGCCCUAAGCUAACAAGAGAGUUGCCCAUCCAUCUUCCUUCUCUAAUCAAACUUGAGAUCAAGGAAUGUCCGCUACUGGUGUCUUCACUCCCAAGGGCUCCUUCUAUAUGUCAAUUGAAUCUAACAGGUUGUAAUAAGGACCUGUUGAAGGAUUUGCCAACCAAAAUACAGAUUCUCAAAGUUGGAGGAUUUGAUGCACUAGAUUCCCUAGCCAUUGCAAUGAAGGAGUCCAGCUAUUCUCUCCAAGAGUUAGAAAUCUCUAACUGUUCCUCACUUUCAAUGGGUGAUUUACCAUCUACUUUAAAAUCCCUUUCCAUCACAAACUGUCAGACGUUAGAACUUCCGAUGCACCAAAUCUUUUCAUCCCUUAAAAAAUUGCGCUUGCAAAAUAUUAAUGAUUCUUUCAGGUCCUUCCCAUUGGACUUAUUCCCAAACCUUUCUGAUAUCUUUAUCUUUGGGUGUGAGCAUUUGGAAACUCUUUCAGACCAACUUGGUCUUGAUUUAAUGAUCUCGCACGUACGAAUCAUAAAUUGCCAUUCUUUUGUAUCUUUUCCAAAAGGCGGAUUUCGUGCCUCCAAACUUACAUUGCUUUGGGUCUGGAGUUGUGGUCGUUUGAGGUCACUGCCUGAUAAAAUGCACGUACUCCAUCCAUCUCUUGAGGAAUUGCAAAUAGUUGAUUGUGAAGAACUUGAGUCUUUUCCUGAUGGGGGUUUGCCUUGCAAUCUGAAAUCGGUUUCCAUCACCGACUGUGACAACCUCGUUGCUGGACGAAUGGGAUGGGGUUUGCAAAAGCUCCCAUUUCUUAAAAAUUUGUCUAUUUGUGGUGAAAGGGGAGAUGUGGAGUCCUUUCCGGAAGUGGGAUUGCUGCCCACCAAUCUGACUGCUCUUCAAAUAAAGAAUUUUCCAAAUUUAAAAUCUUUGGAUAAGGGGCUUCAACAGCUCAUCUCUCUUGAAGAAUUGCUGAUGGAUAACUGCCCUAUGCUCAAGUACAUGCCAGAAGAGGGCUUGCCUGCCUCUGUUUCUGUUUUACGGAUCGACGAUUGUCCUUUGGUAAAGAGACAAUGUCAGAGGAAAAAAGGAAAAGAAUGGCGCAAAAUUGCUCGCGUCCACCUAAAAAUGAUGGAUGAUGAAUUGAUUGAAUGAGCUAAAAGUUUAGCAAGAAUCUCCACUAAGAAAAUGUUUGAUCAACAGAAUUUAGAAGAUCUAAAAGCUCGAUUAUGACUACACAAAGCAGAUGCAGGGGUAUAGAAUCUGUGGCGCCACUCCUCAUAUCAUCUAAUGCACGUGUACUCAAAGACUACUUAUCAAAAAAAAAUAGGUACUCAAAGACUAGUGAUGACCUGUUGAACUUGUUGUGUAGUGCCAAAUCAAGAUUCCGGGAAAUUUUUCCGAGUUUUUAUUUUCUUCGGCAGUGUGGGAUCUGAAUUACUCUUAAAAUGUGUUUUCUUCUCAUAGCUGGUUGCCUACUAUCUAGCCCGUUCUGAAGUUAGUGUGGUUAUGAUGCUUUCAAUUAUCAAAUUUUUGAGAUGAGAAACUAUAGCUGGGGUAUUAACGGGUGACAUUAUAUGCUGACUAAACAAUGCAGGAGCCAGGAGAGGGAUUUGAUAUUGGGCGGCAAGGGAGGAAGGGUCUUAACCUCAGAUGUCUUAUUACAGUGAAGAUUGAAGUUGUACCAACCAGAUAAUGGCAAGCUUGAACAGCUUCCACAGUAUACGCCUUGUUAGUUCUUGUUGGCUAAUUGCCUAAUUCGGUGAUCACUCCAAAGCACCACCAAGACUCAUCCACUUUGCAAGGCCAUCAAGUUGAUUUCUUCUCCAAUCCUAGUGGCCGUCCGGACAUGGAGCUAAGCUGUCCGGACGGGAUUUCCAGGGAGCCCAUUUUCUAUCCUCCACAAGGCCCCGUCCGGACAGGCACUUACCUUGUUCGGACAUCCCGUAUGUAUUAUGCCCAAAAUGUGUUUUUUAGUGGGUUCGGAUCUAGGGUAUGGAGAAGUUUUACUUUUAGAGUAUUUUUUUAAAGGUUUCCUCUUUGUCACUAAAAUCCUUAUGUUUGAUUUUACGUAUUUUGGUGAUUGUUUGCUCAUGAUUAAAUAUCUUUUAAUUC